AUGCCCCGCCUGCCUCCAGCGCUCUUUUGGCGCGCCCGGCGCGAGGUCUCGCCCCUGGCGGCCCAGCUGCUCCCAGCCUGCCGUGACCUGCAAUCGGCCGCCAACGAGCUGCGCUGGAUCCGCGAGCACGUCCGGGCAACGCCGUCGCCCGUCCCGGAAGGCCUGCGCGUCUGGCAGCUCGUCGAGCGGCGCGGGAGGGGCAUCCCGCUGCAGUAUGUCCUCGGCACGCAGCCGUUUGGCGACCUCGAGAUCAAGUGCCGCCCGGGCGUGCUGAUUCCGAGGCACGAAACGGAGGCCUAUACACUCUAUCUCGCCUCCCUCCUGGCCAAAGAGCAGCCCGCCGCGGGUUCCAGCAGCAGCAGCAGCAGCAGCACCCUCUCCAUCCUCGACCUGUGCACCGGCACGGGCUGCAUCCCGCUGCUCCUGCUGCAGGCGCUCCUCCGCCGGCCCCCCUCUCCACGCCCUUCCCACAUCACCGUCCAUGGCAUCGACAUCUCCCCGCGCGCCAUCCGUCUCGCCCGCGCCAACCUAGCCCACAACACCGCGCUCCGCCUCCUCCCGCCACCGUCCCCUCCCUCCGCCUCAGCCUCCCCAUCCCCUUCCUAUUCCGCAACGUUCACCCGUGCCAGCAUCUUCUCCCCGACCCUCCUCCCGACUCUCCAAUCCCUGUCCCCGGGGGGAUGGGACGUCCUGACCGCCAACCCGCCAUACAUCUCGCCCGAGGGCUUCGCCCGCUCGACCGCGCGCGCCGUGCGCAACCACGAGCCGCGGCUGGCGCUCGUCCCGCCACCCGCCGAACCACCACCGCUGCUGCGGCAAGAAGACACCUUCUACGCCCGCCUGCUGCACAUGGCGCAGCACCUGCGGCCGAAGCGGGUCGUCCUGGAGGUGGGCGGGUGGGCGCAGGCGGUGCGGGUGGUGCGGAUGGCGCUGCGGGGCUACGCGGGCGGCGGGGGAGGGGAGAUUGCGCGGCUGUAUCCGACGGUGGAGAUCUGGCGGGAUGAGCCGGCUGGUGUUGCGGGAGACGGGACAGGGGACAGGGAAGGGGGAGGGGAGGUGGUGGAGGUUGCCGGGCGGGAGGUGCGGGUGCGAGGGGUCGGGGAUGGGCGGGUGGUCUAUUUGUGUCGUUGA